AUGUAUGUUAAUCAUCUCUCGCUAACACGAGCAGCCUUGUACAGAAAUGAAUGGGCAGUGAAAAUAAAUGGCGAUGAGCAGGUCGCGAGGUUGGUCGCGGAUAGAAACGGUUUUCGAUUCGUCGCUUCGGUAAUUCCGGGAUACUUCCGGUUCUCAAAUCCGUCCGUCAAAAAGCGCUCCCUAACCAAGGAUUGGAUGUUUCAUACGAAGUUGGUCGGCGACGAAAAGGUCAUCUGGGCAAAGCAACAGAUCAGCAAGCGACGAGGAGUAAGGAAUAAAAUAAGCUUUAACGAUCCUUUCUCCCCCGAUAUGUGGUACCUGAAUUCUGGAAAGAUGAACAUCAUGGAGGCCUACACAUCCUUCAACGUAUCCGGAUCCGGAAUAAACGUUGUCGUGGUUGAUGAUGGCCUCGAGUGGGAUCACCCGGAUCUUGCUAAAAAUUAUAAUAGCCUGAUAAGCUACGAUGUAACGGAUGGCGAUGCUGACCCAAGACCGGUCCUUAACUUAGGAAGCGUUGAAAGCAGCCAUGGUACAUGUUGUGCUGGCAUCAUAGCUGCAGAAGCCAACAAUAGCAUCUGCAUGGCUGGCGUGGCUUAUAAUGCCAAAAUCGGUGCAAUAAGAAUAAACGUCUUUGAAAUGAGUGACGUAGAAGAGAGCCAGGCCCUGACCUACAAACUCCAUCUCACUGAUAUUUAUUCAAACUCUUGGGGGCCAAGUGACAGUGGCCAAGUCUUAGACAGACCGGAGGAGAUGCUUAGCCAAGCAAUUUUCUACGGAGUUUCAAAAGGUAGAAAUGGGUUGGGGAAUAUAUACGUGUGGGCCUCAGGCAAUGGUGGAAUCCAUGAUGGGUGUGGGGCCGAUGGAUUCACCAAUAGCAUGUUCACCAUAUCUGUAUCAGCGACAACCCGGGCACAUACCAUUCCUGCUUACAGCGAGCCUUGCUCUGGCAUCAUGGUCUCUGCCUAUAGCGGCUUCAUUUCGACAACAACGACAAGGAAGAAAUGUACGCAGAGCUUCGGCGGAACUUCUGCCAGUGGUCCUUUCGUCAGCGGUAUUAUCGCAUUAGCUCUCCAAAUCAACAAACGCUUAACAUGGAGAGAUGUACAGUACCUACUCAUCACCACAGCACAACCGAUCCUCAAGACAAACGACUGGGUUACGAAUGGUAUCGGAUUGAAAGCAGUAAGUCAUUUCUUUGGUUUUGGUUUGGUAGACGCUUUGGAGAUGGUAAGACAGUCGUCCAGUUGGUCCCAGGUUCCCGAGCAACAUCACUGCAGAUCUGAAGUUCUCGGUUAUUUAUACGAGUAUGUGUGUGUGCGUGUGUGUGUGUGUGUACGUGUGUGUGUGUGUGUGUGUGUGUGUGUGUGUAACAGGGUUUUAUACCUGGAGCAUGUCCUAUGCGUCAUCACCCUAAACGCAGAGUUCAGAGGUCAAGUGGAAAUCUUUCUCAUGUCGCCAACCGGAACUACGUCACAGCUGAUGUUUAUACGACCAAAAGAUUUGACUAACGAAGGUUUCAAUGAAUGGUCGUUCCUUUCUCUGUUUUACUGGGGCGAAGACCCAAGCGGUCUUUGGAUCUUGAAAAUUAAAAAUAGAAAAACCUCUUGUGAGUUUAGCUAA